AAGCGGGUCUUGGAGUUUGUCUGCCUCCAGAAGCGCAGUUGUGUUGUCCGUGGACCGGGCGGACAGAGUUUGUCCUCAGCAGGGAACAUCACAGUCGCGCCUUUUCGUUCUGGACUCUGUCUCUCUCUCUCUUGACUCUGUCGCCAUGAGCAUGUUGACAUCGGAGAACGCUUUUCUUUCUUCCUUACAGCCACACACCUUAUCAACCACGUAUGCUCUCCCGUCGGACAACCAACUCGGGAAUGGGAGCGCCAUGUCGGACAGCGCCGUGCGAGCGCGGCGUGUCCAGGAGCAGAUUAAGAUGAAAAUGGCCGAGAAGGGCACACUUCCGCGUCAGAAUGGAAAGGCCUCCCAAUACGCAAUGUCAGACUACGGCGGUUCAUCAACAAUGAAAUACAGCAACUACAGCCCAAGUUACAGUUCCAAGUCUUCCUACAUGUACUCGGGCUCAAAAACCCUGGGUCCUCGUGUGUCCGCCAGGACAGAAUUCAGCAGCCGGUCCGCAGCCCCAGACAUAACCCAGUUUCAGCGGAUGAGUGUGGGUGUGGGUGGAGGUGGAGGUGGAGGUGGAGGUUUUUACCGGGAAGAAAUGCACAGUGGUGGUUUCCAAGGGACCAUCAGACAGAACCAAAUGGAUCGAGACGACAUGUCUGUGCAUUCACUGCGAAACCCGGCGUGGAUGAUGGACAACAGCGAUGCUGGAAGCCUGAUCUCCGAGCGAGAUGGCACCUUUGACCAGCAGUAUUCCCAGAGUGGAAUGAACGGCUACGACACCCAAUUAAGACAAGGAGGAAGCACCAUGAGUUAUCAGACUGUGCUGGCUCCUGGGUUUCAGACCCAGGAGCCAGCACUCAGCACUGGGCGCCGAAGUUUAAGUGGCACUCUAUCCCGUAGUGGUGGUCUGGGAGGAGGAGGGACAGAGAUUAUCCAACAGCAGUCCUUUAAAGGCCCAGCCCACCGCACCAUCAACAGGAUUGCAAACCGUAACCGGAUGAGUGUGACCUCCAUGUCUGGGUCCCGGAUGACCUCAAGUUCCGGCAACAUUGGAGCAGGAGGAGACAGAAUGGAUAGUGGGUUUUUAAUGUCCGUGAAAUCUGGUUCCCACGGGAACCUCUCUCAGCAACGCCAAGGUGGCCUGAUGCGAUCCACGUCUAUGAGAAGUGUUCAGAGCGUGGGCGGGGGCAUGGAUAUCUAUGGCCAGGCAGAUUUUGAAGACAAUCCCCGCUUUGAAGGGAUCCACAGCUUGGAUGUACCCGCUGCAAUUUCAUACCUGAGAGGGGACGACACAGGGUUGCACGCCUUGGGUUCAGCGUACCUUCAGCAUAUUUGCUACAAUGAGAAGUCAUCAAAAGAAGAGGUGAAAGCGUUGGGUGGCACUGAGGAUCUGGUGAGGCUGUUCAACAGUCCUGAUCCUGAAGUUCGCCGUUAUUCCACUGGCGCCGUGCGCAAUUUGAUCUUUCAACAUGCUGAUAAUAAGCAGGACCUUAUUGACUGCAAUGGCAUCGCGAUGCUUAAUGAGGCGCUUGUAAUGGAAGACGAUGAGCUUCACAAAAACAUCACAGGUAUUCUGUGGAAUCUCUCAGCCAAAGACAAUUUGAAGGACAAGCUGAAGAUGAUCCUUCCUCGCCUCACCGAGAAAAUCCUUGUCCCUCUCACUGCACAAGAGAGUGAAAAAGCAGAAAAGAUUAUACAAGACAUGGGUAUCCCCUCGCAUUGUUCCUCGGAGACAGAAAUACUACUCAACACGUUGGGAUGCUUGAGGAACCUGAGCUCUGGCUCAGAAAAGGUCCGUAAAGAGGUGCGAGAAACAAAAGGGCUGGUGGAGUCUUUGGUGGGUUAUAUUCGUAGCACCCUGGAUACUGGAAAGGUAGAAGAAAAGGGUGCUGAGAACACGAUGUGCACCUUAAGGAACCUCUCAUACCGAGUGUAUGAAGAAAUGCCUCCGUCUAUGAAAUCAAAAAUGGAUGGUACAACUUCCUCAUCGAACACCGUCGGCUGCUUUUCACCGAAUAGCAGCAAAAUCAUACAGAAAAAGAGUGCCCAAAAAUCCUUUUCACCUACUGAGCUAGCAAAAUUUCCAAAAGGCAUCGAGUGGCUGUGCCACCCUAAAAUAGUACAUUUGUACAAUAGCGUGAUUAAAUCAUGCGAAAUUAAUGCCGUCACACGAGAGGCGGCCAUUGGAGCUCUGCAGAACAUCACCAGUGGACAGGACCCGUGGGCUAAAAAGUUGUCCUGCUACAUGGUGAACGACUACAAGAUGCUGCCAAACCUGCUGGAUCACUUGCGCUCAGAAAGGACCACUGAGCUACGUUCUCUCAGUGGCUUGUUGAGGAGCCUCUCCUCUCAUGCUGACACUCUACCAGCACUAGAUGGCGUGGUGAAGAAGCUACCAGAGGGCAACAAUGACGUGCCUAAUGUUGACGUUCUGGUCAACCUCUGUGGCGUUCUCAACAACAUGGUGGCGCGCAGUUUCGACGCUGCCAAGAGACUCACUGAAAAUUCAGGCUUGGAAAGACUGAUGAACACGAAGACACUGGGGGACGAAGAUCCAGGCAUGGUUGACGCGAGCAGAAGUGCACGCGUAGUACUUCGCAACAUUUAUAACUACAGGAAACUGCACAGGAUUUUCAGACGGAAAGGUUAUACGAAAAAAGACUUCUGUGAUGAUUCCUGAGAUGCAGGAUCUGAACCAUUGGACAAACUGCUGUGUAUUUUUACGAAACGGUCCAUCAGAACAGCACAAGAACCGCCAAGGCAGCAGGAUUAUGAUUGAACAGAUAUUGCCGGCACGCUAAUUUGUGUAAACAGUUUGUAUAGACUCUGAGGGAUUUUAUUCCAGUCAUAGCAACAUGCAUUUAAACAAAAUGGCUUAAAAACAAAAACGGUUGAUGGGAAAACCUAGUGCACUCACUAUAACAAGUUAGCUUUGUAAAUAGUGCUUUUAAUUUUAAAAACAUAUUAGAUUGAAUAUUUUUGUUUCUACAAGUUAGCAUCUAAUCUUGUUUUAUUUUGAUGGAAAUUAGAGACAAAAAAAAUGGCUGUAAAUAUCUUAUCUUUUGGGAUCGUGCUUAUGGAUUUGCAUGUUUUUACACUACAAAUGAAAAUCUAUAAAAAAAUGUGUAAUCAGCUGGUGGAGUAGGAAAUUGUGUGCAAAGUUUAUGUAUAUUUUCAGUUGAGGACUUAAGUUUAUAAAUGAGAUGAAUGUUGCAUAUGAGCACCUUUGAGACUCGUUUCUUAGUAGACACAAAAACUUUAAUUUUGUACAUAAUCUAUUUUAGGGGAAUAAACGGUAAGAUAUGAUUUUUAAAGAUUAAUGCUCAGUGUAAGUGGUGUCAAGUAUGUGGGGUUUUUCAGGAAACUUUUGUACGUUUGUGUGUUUCAUACCAUCACAUGUAUCAUCCGAUUUUAACUAAUAAAAAGACACACUGGGAGAAAAAGUUGA